AUGGCAUCUUUUAGUGGUUUAGGUAUUGGUUUGGUUUCUGUCCUUGGGUGCAUCAUCUUAGCUCUUGUUGCAGAGUUUUACUAUUUGUUAUGGUUGAAGAAGAAUAGAAACAACACCAUCAGAGAAGAGAUUGAAGAUCAUCAUCAUAAGUACUACCACGCCAUCACCAACUAUGUCAAACAACUUUCCCAUCUCUGUUCCUGGAAUAAACCCAAUUCAGUGAACACUACAAGCAACAAAACUGAUCAACAAAUCAUCACCAAUAAUGGCCAUGAACAAGACCUUGAGUUGGGCUCAUCAGCAGCAGCAGCCAAGGAGAGAGGCAUUAAUGGUGAUGGUGAAGAAGAAGAAGAAGAAGAAGAAGAAGAAGGAAGUGCGGAGUCAGAGCUAAUGAGGCUUCACAGUAUUUGUGGUGGUCCACCAAGAUUUCUCUUCACAAUCAAAGAAGAGACAAAGGAAGAUUUGGAAUCUGAUGAUGGAAGAUCAAGAAAGAGGUCAAGAACUAGAAGCUUGAGUGACAUUGUUGUUGCUGUUGAGACACCUAUGGAGUUCAAUCCUCUCUUUGAAUCUUCUUCACCACCUCCGAAAUUCAAGUUCUUGAGAGAUGCUGAAGAGAAACUGAUGAGAAAAUUGAUGGAAGAAGCUGAGAAAUUGGCCAUAGAAGAGAGAGAUAUUAAUAAUGGUUCUUUUAUUAGAAUUGUUGUUGGUAAUAAGAACAACAACAACAAAGAAAGAGAGGCUCAUCAACAAUGCCAUUCAAUUGAUUCUACACAGGUACUUCCACUUGAUAGGAACAAACCUAUAGAGAAAUAG